AUGAGCUCGAUUGAAAAGAUCAAUGCCCCGGAGAAUCCUGAUCAUUCCCAUAUCCUCUCUCAUGCGGUCAAAAUCCCCGGAUUGAUCUUCCUGAGUGGACAGACACCUCACGGGAAGGAUGGGAUGCUUGUAGAAGGUGGAAUUGGCGAACAUACGGCGGAAUGCAUCGCAAAACUUACCAAUGUCCUGAACGCUACGGGCUCAUCUUGGGAAAAAGUCGUCAAGGUGAACGUUUAUCUCAAGAAUAUGGAUGAUUUCGCGGCGAUGAAUGAAGUCUAUGAAAAGCUUUUACCAACUCCCAAACCGGCGAGGACGUGUAUACAAGCUGCUAAACUUCCAGGAGACGCAGAUGUAGAAAUAGAGUGCAUCGCAUCUGUAUAA